GCAUCCUUUAUAUACUCAUCUCUAUCUCCCUCUUAAAUUUUCUCUCGUGAAAACAAAUUAGCACAUAGCCGCCGGUCGAAAUGGUUCAACGGCUCACAUACCGGAGACGCCAUAGCUAUGCCACCAAAUCAAACCAGCACAGGGUUGUGAAAACCCCUGGCGGGAAGCUCGUGUAUCAGACCACUAAGAAGAGGGCAAGUGGACCUAAAUGCCCUGUUACUGGCAAAAGAAUCCAAGGGAUUCCACAUUUAAGGCCUACUGAAUACAAGAGAUCAAGAUUAUCAAGAAACAGAAGAACUGUUAAUCGUGCUUAUGGUGGUGUUCUUUCUGCAGGAGCAGUUAGAGAAAGGAUCAUUAGGGCUUUUUUGGUGGAAGAACAAAAGAUUGUGAAGAAGGUUCUGAAGAUUCAGAAAACCAAAGAAAAAACUGCUUCCAAGAGUUAGAUUCAAGAAUGCAUGUGAGUUGGUAUUCUUUUAACCUUUUUUGGAGUAAUUUUGGAUACACUGUGAAAUGUGAAUUAGGGUUUUGAGGUGUCUUGAAUAUGUAAUCGAGCCCCCUUUUGCCUCUACUUUGUUGACAAUCAAUACACUAUUCGGUUUUGUUUAUGACUUGAUCUUUAAUUAAUUUGAAUUUUCUUGUUCUUAUA